AACAUGUUUAGAGGCAAACCUUUACAAGUUGUGUUGUUAGUGUAUGUAUUGGAGGAAAUUGCUCUUGUCAUUGGGUGAGUGGUAGUGGGAUUUGUGGGCUGGGUUGUUGCAAGGGAAGUAGCAGGGCUUGGUGCUGUGAAAUGGUGUUGUUGCAGGUGGACGAGCAGUCUGGGAUGUGGUGGUAGGUGGUCGAGCUGUAGGUCGAGUUGUUGGUAGAGGAUGUGUUGUUGGAGGAUGUGUUGUUGGAGGACGUGUUGUUGGAGGUCUUGUUGUUGGAGGUUUUGCUGUUGGAGGUCUUGUUGUUGGAGGACGUGUUGUUGGGGGUCUUGUUGUUGGAGGUCUUGUUGUUGGAGGACGUGUUGUUGGAGGUCUUGUUGUUGGAGGAUGUGUUGUUGGAGGACUUGUUGUUGGAGGGUGUGUUGUUGGAGGUCUUGUUGUAGGAGGAUGUGUUGUUGGAGGUCU